AUGUUUAAAAGACCAUUUGUUCCUGUUAAUACGAAAGGCGUAAACAAUUUAGCUAAAAAGUUUACUCCAGUAUCAAGAAACCUUAAAUUUACUCUAUUGACAUAUAAUAUUUUAUCACCUUCAUAUAUGUGGCCAAAAGUUUACACAUAUGUGCCAGAAAAAUAUAAAGAUUGGAAUUUCAGACAUAAAUUGCUGGAACAUGAAAUAAUGCAUUUAUAUAAAGCUGAUAUUAUGUGUUUUCAAGAAAUGACACAUAAAGAUUAUAAUGAGUUUUGGGCUCCUAUGGCUUUACAGAAACUUCAGAUGAAAUCUAAGUUUAUUUCUAAGACAGCCCCUAAAUAUUGGACAUCCUCUGACGAACAGUUAGACGGAUGCAGUAUAUUUUACAAUCAAAAUAUGUUCGAAUUCAUCUCUUCCAAAGGAAUCUAUUUAAAUCAAUUAUUAAGUGCUUUCAAUGAACAGGAAUUAUUAUAUCUAUCCACUAGAGAAUUACAAUUGACUGACGGUGGCGGCAAUCCAAUGGGUACGACUAGUCUUUUACAAUUUUUAAGAGAUAGAAAUCAAGUCUGUCUCUUUGUUACUUUAAGACAUAAACCUUCAGAUCUGAUUUUUGUUAUUAUAAAUACUCAUCUUUAUUGGAAAUAUGAUGAUGUAAAGUUGUCACAAUGUUUAGUCAUAAUGAGAGAAUUAAAUAGCAUUGUAAAUGGUCUACUAAAAGCAGCAAAAGAGGAUUUGGAUGUAACUAGUGAUAAAGUUAGAAUACUUUUUACUGGUGAUUUGAAUUCUACUAAAAAGGAAACGGUCAUUAAUUUCCUUAGAGGCCAAAUUAUUAAUACAAUGGACUUGAAUCUUGUUAACCCAAUGAGAACAUAUUUAAAUCAUUGUGUGUAUGAUGAUAUUCCAAGGGAAUGUUUUGAAUAUACAUGUUAUUCUGGGAAAUUGAAAGGUAUAUUCGACUAUAUUUGGUACCAUGAUACACAUUUUGAAUUAUCAAAAAUUCUUAAUGGUAAAGAAGUAUCUAAAGAAUUGAAAUUUAAGAAUCAAUUUGGUUUACCAAAUGACGACCAUCCAAGUGAUCAUAUACCUUUAUUAGCAGAGUUUAAAAUUUUACUUUGA